GGUCUAUUGUUUUUGACAUUUUUUUACUUUUCAGGACUAAGUCGUUUUAAAUUAUUAUUUCCUCCUCACCAUAACAUAUUUCUUCAAAUGGGCUGCAACGCAAGCAAGACGAAGAAUAGAGCUGUUGAGGAGCACCUCAACGACAAGGCUAACACGUUCCUCAGUUUAGUAAAUGUACAAAAAUCCCCGGUUGCUCGCGAGCUUCUUCAAGCAUGGACCCACUUUGUAGAUGUGCAAAACAGGAAGAUCGCUGGUGGUAAAAACGCCGAAAGUCCGGGUGCCACUGCCCCGGCUGAGGUGUGGGCGACCACUGAAAACAACCCCCUAACCCACCACUCCGUCGACCAGGUUGGGAAGGCAUUUCUGGAAUAUAUUAAGAAUGACCUCUCGCAAAGGGGCUGGGGGGGUAACUUUGACUACAAAGUUGUUGGAGUGGCGACGCAAGGUUUCUUAAGAGCGAGCGCGAAUAUUGAUACAGGGCACCCUGAGAGGCCGGAGGAGGUCUCGUGGGCGGUCAAGAUUCAUUACCACAGUAGCGGUCCUGGUUGAGGACUUCCUCUUCAAAGGUAGAGGCUCGAUCUUAGUAAGAUUUUUUAAAAAGCGGUGAAAGUAUAACCCGUUAUCUGCGAUGUGUUUUUAUUCAUUUGGAAUUACUCAUAGGAUUAUAUUGGUAUUUGAGCAUGAGAUAUUAUUACUUACGGUUUUUUUUGCAAUCUUGUUAGCAGUACAAAAUUCGAUAUGCACGUAACUUUUAAA